CCCCAAAUUCUGUUUGAGCAAGCAAAAAUUACUUUUAUUUUGCAGGAUGAUCGUUUGGUCGGUGGUUACGAAAAUGUGCCAACAGUUGACAUUCACAUGAAUCAAAUCAAUUUUGAGCGUGAAUGGCUAUACUUUUUGGAUGAGUAUGUUCGUCCAAUGCAAGAAAAGCUCUUCAUUGGAUACUAUCAAAGAGUUAUGGAAGCAGUAAUGAUGUUCGUUGUUCGAUACAAGAAAGAUGAGCAGCCGUCGUUACGCGCACAUCACGAUGCCUCAACUUACACAGUGGAUAUUCCGCUGAAUCAGCGAGGCAAGGAUUUUGAGGGUGGCGGUGUACGAUAUGUUCGCUAUAACUGUACAGUACCUGCAGAUCAGAUUGGUUACGCGGCAAUGUUUCCCGGGCGACUGACGCAUCUUCAUGAGGGUCUUCCAGUAACCAGUGGAAUUCGUUAUAUUGCUGUAUCAUUUCUCAAUCCGUAA